GCAUAAAUUUGAAGAACAGUCAUCAUUUACCGAAAAACAAUUGGAUCUUGAAAUUUUAAUAUAAACGUCAGAAAAUAUUCAUAAAUAUCGUUAAAUCCCGAUAAAAUUUAUCAAAUGCGAAAGAAAUUUUCGGAGAAAAAAAAUAGCGUUUGCCGUUUGUGCGCAGUCCGCGCUAUCGGCCGCGCGCUAUCGGUCAUGCAAAUUGGAUCGAUAAAAAGGAGCUGACUGCCAUUCACGACGGUAGCGCCGGCAUCGGUUGACGUCUAUCCCUUCACUCGUUCCCGUGGCUGACGUCGAUUGGUGGUUCAACGAGGGUGGAGACUGCGCCAUGUUCGGCGAUUGCAUCUUCAUCGUUUUCGCGUGUACUCGUGUAGUACACAACAGCCGCACGUUGACAAUCUGUCAGCCGUAAGCGAUGCAGAACCGCUGAUAGAAUGGAGUAGCGAGACCUCGUAAAGUAGCGGCACGGUACUUUCACCAUGUCCACGAAAUCCAAGGAGAAAGUGGUGGCCGCCAUCCGGAAACUCUUCCGGUCUUCCGAUAAAAUAGCCGAACCGGAGGGAGCCAGCAGUUCGACCAAUUCGCCAUCGAGGAGACUCCUAAAUCGCCACCACCGUCCAGAUGCCGUCACUCCAGUGGAUGGACCGAUACUGGAAAAUCCAGACUCCACUCAUCAUGCCGAUCGGAGUUGUUUCUUCAAGGCGAAAAAGUCGCCAAAGGCUUUACUUGUGCAGGACAACAACGAGUGCAAAGUCGCCUGCGACAAGGACAUCGGUCUGCGUCGACUAAUGAAGGAGUUCAACAGGAUCCAAAGAGCACAGCGCGGCGACUCUGCCUUCACCGUGGAGCUCGUCAAUGAUAAUGUUUUCGAGUGGUUCGUUCGAUUGCACAAAAUCGACCCGGACAGCAAGCUGGCGGCCGACAUGCGCGAGCUGAAGAUACCUCACAUAUUGCUGCACGUGAUCUUUCCGAAGGAAUUCCCGUUUGCGCCGCCCUUUAUGAGGGUAAUCUCGCCGAGGAUCGAUCAGGGCUUCGUGAUGCACGGCGGUGCUAUUUGCAUGGAACUCCUCACGCCGAGAGGAUGGUGCUGUGCGUACAGCGUAGAGUCGAUGAUCAUGCAGUUCGCGGCCAGCGUUGUAAAGGGACAGGCACAAGUGGCGAGGGUGCCAAAGCCAAACAAAGAGUACAAUCGACAAUUGGCCGAGGAGACGUUCAAGAAUCUGGUGAGGACGCAUGAGAAAUACGGCUGGGUGACACCGCCGCUCGCUGAAGGCUGAAUUGCAGAAUAUUUCAUCGUAGAAAGCCGGAAGAGAUCUGCGUUUCCUGCUUGAGAAGAGGCGCACGAACCGACGUGAUUUUUUCCGAUUUUCCCGACGAGGCGCCGAUGAUGAUUUCUUUGUUGCGUUAGGAAAACCAAAGUGUUUACCAAAAUUCUGUUGCCUAAUUGCAGCAAGAAGAGUGCACAAGCAGAAUCAGGAAGAGCACCGAGCUUGUCAGGUGAACAGGCCGUGUGGCGAUUUUUUUAGUCAUUUUUCAAUUUUUGUAAAAAAAAUACGUAGGAAUUUAAAGAAAAAGAAAGUUUCAAGAUCUUUAAACAAAAAUUUCUCAUUUUUCACUUAACUCGUUCCUUUUAUAGUGCGAGAAAAAACAAAUAUUGGGUACAAAAGUACUAAUUUUGAUUGUGUUUAUGCCAAAGACUGAUUAAUUUUUAAAAAACUUACUGCAUGUCAAAGGGACGCUUUUUAAAGAUCUCGAAAUUUUCUUACAAGUCUUUACAUCUAUAUUAUUACGCCAAAUUAAUUACUAAGAUAACUAUGGAAUCGUUGCAAUGUUAUUCGUGUUUUUCGAAUCGGCAAAAGUUUGCAGGAUUUAUCCGUUAAAUAUCGGAAGCUCAUAACAGAAUAUUUUGUUUUAUUAAUUUCAAUAAGUAAAUGAAGAAAAGAGAUUGCUCAAUAACGCGUACUGAACUGUUACUGUUAAAUAAUCGAAAAAUCGAUGGAACAUGUAAAUAUGAACAACGAAAAUAUGUAAUCAAAUACGACUUAUUUCUAUGCUUUAUAAAGUUUUACUUUAUGUUAAUAUUUUAAAAAGAAUAUUUGCGUCCAAAUUCUUCCGCGGAAACAAAACUCUUGAUUAUGAGCUUCUACGAUAGUUUAUUUCUUUUUUAAGACACAACUAUCUAUUAUGUAUAAACGAUUUUUUAUACGUUUCUCGAUCGACUAUUCGCAGGAGUGUUUGUACAUACAGUCGUUAUGUUGGAUACAUGUACUUGUAUAUGUGCCAAAAAUAAAUACAAGUUCAAAGUAUUAACGUCACUUUGCAAAACUAAGCAAAACUUCAAAUUGACAUUUUAUCGCGAAGGUUCGCGCGACUGUAGACGCUACAGCUCAUCAUGAAUGAACGUAUCACGAAGCGUAUCUAGAUUAAUAAGAGACCCAAUUAAUUGUUCCAAAUGGUUGACUUUAAUAUGGCGCCGAGAAAAGUAAUGUCUGUACAAGAUUUUCAAAAGUAAGGAUUGGCGAUGAAGGAUUAAAAAUUAAAUAUAAAUAAAGUAUUUACAAAUGAUGGAAUUAAACAUGAGAAACCGUUGCUAUUUCGGCGCAUAUUAACAGUACUUUUGGCCUAUUUGCCGUAGUAACAGUAGUUUGACGGCAGGCAUAUGUAUACUGUGUCUUUUUUCCACCACACAACACAUUCUACGUUCUAGAAAUUUAGGAAUGUACGAACAAAAAAAUGUGUACAGCACGAGAUGUGUGCUAAUCUUUCCUAUCUCCGUUAACAGCUUAUAAACUAAUUGCAAGUUAUACUUAAAAGCGAUUUACAACGCCGUUUUAUCAAAUCUGUUGGAAUAAAGUUGCUAUUCAAA